GUUGCACAGAGCAUUGAAGAUCAUCAUCAAGAAGUCAUCAGUUUCUGCCGUGAAAAUGGAUUCCAUGGUCUGGUUGCCUACGACUCAGACUAUGCGCUGUGCAAUAUCCCGUAUUACUUCAGUGCUCACGCACUCAAACUGAGCCGCAAUGGAAAAAGCAUCACAACCAGCCAGUACCUAAUGCACGAGGUGGCUAAACAGCUGGAUCUCAAUCCCAACCGCUUCCCCAUUUUCGCUGCUCUUCUAGGUAACCACAUCCUACCUGAUGAAGAUUUAGCUGCUUUCCAUUGGAGUUUACUUGGACCAGAUCAUCCAUUAGCUUCAUUAAAAGUUCGCGCUCACCAGCUUGUUUUACCUCCAUGUGAUGUUGUGAUUAAAGCGGUCGCAGACUAUGUGCGCAACAUUAAAGAUACAGAUGAUUUGGAUGCAAUUUCUUCAGAUGUUUUUCAGCAUUCACAGUCCAGAACAGAUGACAAAGUUUCCCGGUUCAAGAGAGCUGUUGCUUACUACAGAGCCACCAACAAGCCCCUGCCAUACCAACUAUCUCCAUACCCUGGCAGACCAAAUCAAAACCGAGUUCACGGUAUGAUGCAGGGCAACCCAUCUCAGAUGACUCCUCUGCCUUCUCUACAAUCAAAGCCUAUGGCUCCUCACUUGUCUGGCCAUAGUGGUGCUAUUGGUAAAGGUCCAUAUCCAUACAACCUCUCUGAAUCCACUGCCACUGUCAGUCCUACAAAUAAGAGUGUUUCCGAACAGAAUAACUACAGUAACAUUCCUCAUGAUGGCAAACACACCCCACUGUACGAGCGCUCUUCUCCCAUCAACCCGGCACAGAGCGGGAGCCCCAACCAUGUGGAUUCCACCUUCUUCCCAACAUCUUCAGCUUCCUCAUCUUCUGACAACGACGAUGGCAAUGGAGGAGCCAGCAAUCAUGUCAGCGGGAAUAAGCCUGGGUGGGAGAAAAAGGAAAAAUCACCUGGUAAAACAAACAAGAAGGAAAAUGCAGACCAAGUAAAGACUGACGGCUCCUCAGCUACCACAUCAGGAACCAAGGCAACUGAGAAGAAAAGCAACCAGGGGGGUGGUCUGCAGAUUCCAUGUCUUCUGUCCAUGCCCACCAGGAAUCACAUGGACAUCACAACUCCUCCAUUGCCUCCUGUAGCACCUGAAGUAUUAAGAGUAGCUGAACAUCGCCACAAGAAGGGCUUAAUGUACCCUUACAUCUUUCAUGUACUCACAAAGGGAGAGAUAAAAAUUCCGGUUACCAUUGAAGAUGAAGUGAACAAGGACCUUCCCCCAGCUGCUAUCCUCUACAGACCGGUGCGCCAGUAUGUCUAUGGGGUCCUGUUCAGCCUGGCAGAGAGCAGGAAGAAAGCGGAGCGACUUGCUUUUAGAAAGAACAGGAUGCCCCCAGAACAUUACCCAGUCAUUAUUAAGGAGUGGGCAGCUUAUAAAGGAAAGUCCCCUCAGACACCAGAGCUAGUGGAAGCCCUUGCCUUCAGGGAAUGGACCUGUCCUAAUCUAAAGAAGCUGUGGUUGGGCAAAGCAGUUGAAGACAAGAACCGAAGGAUGAGAGCUUUUCUGGCCUGUAUGAGAUCUGACACACCAGCCAUGCUUAACCCUGCUAAUGUGCCCACUCACCUUAUGGUGCUUUGUUGUGUAUUACGUUAUAUGGUGCAAUGGCCAGGUAUCAGAAUACUUCGGCGCCAGGAGCUUGAUGCCUUCCUCUCUCAGGCACUGUCACCCAAACUCUAUGAGCCUGACCAACUCCAGGAACUCAAGAUCGAAAAUUUGGACCCUAGAGGAAUUCAGCUGUCUGCCUUGUUCAUGAGCGGAGUGGACAUGGCGCUGCUGGCCAAUGAUGCCUGUGGACAGCCUAUCCCCUGGGAACACUGCUGCCCUUGGAUGUAUUUUGAUGGAAAAUUGUUGCAGUUCAAGUACAUUAAAGCUACCAGGGAAAAAGCCUCACUAAUCGACCUCUGCGAUGGUCAGGCAGAACAAGCUGCCAAAGUAGACAAAAUGAGACAAAGUAUCCUGGAAGGGCUACACUUUACAAGACAAAGCCACCCACUGCCAUUCCCGCCUCCACCCGCCAUGCCUUUUUACCCUGCUGCUGUGUACCCGCGACCCUUUGGACCAAUGCCUCCACCUCCAGGUAGAGGAAGAGGAUUCUCUGGUGUCCAGCCCAUGCCUUCUCAGGGAGGGAAGCUUGAAAUAGCUGGAACUGUGGUUGGCCAGUGGGCUGGGACUAGACGUGGACGUGGCAGAGGACAGUUUCCACUUCAGGUGGUUUCUGUUGGUGGACCAACUAGAGGACGCCCCAGAGGAGUUAUAUCAACCCCCGUUAUACGAACAUUUGGAAGAGGCGGUAGAUAUUAUGGAAGAGGGGCAUACAAAAACCAAGGGGCAUCUCAGACCAAGCCGGCAUAUGCUACUUCUGCGGCAGAAGUGGCCAAAGAGCUUAAGACACAAUCCGAAGACUCCAAAUCAUCCGCCGUGUCUUCAGAUGGUUCUCUGACCGAGAACGGAGUGGUGAACGAGGACACCCAAGCUUCCCAGAUCAAUGGGGGCUCGGCAGACACCCAGCCUCCCAAUCACUCUGAAAGUGCCUUAAGCAGUGACUCUAAAGCGUGCAAUACGAAUCCUCAUUUAAAUGCACUAGAUCCAGACAGCGGGCACCGCGAGGAGGAAACCCUUGAGGCCCCUGUCUUGAAAAAAGAAGAGUAA